AUGGCUUCCAACUCAAAUGGGCGCUCUACCAGCGUGCUAUUUGUAUGCCUGGGAAACAUCUGUCGUUCCCCGAUGGCCGAAGGAGUGUUUCGCGACCUGGUUGCCGCCCACCCCUCCAUCGGUGAGAUUGACUCCGCCGGUACAGCCGCCUACCACAGCCUCGAGCCGCCCGACUCCCGCACCAUGUCGACGCUGCGCCGCCACAAAAUCACCAAUUACAACCAUGCCGCCCGCAAAGUGACAAGGGAAGACUUCCUCACCUUUGAUUACCUGCUCGCCAUGGAUAAGUCCAAUCUCCGCGACCUGGAGGAUGUGCGCGAGUCGGUCAUUGCGACGCUGCAGAGGAAGACCGACAACAAGCCAAGCUCGAAGAGUACGCGUUCACACGUGGAUGCUGCCAUCGGUGCAUACGGAGCUGAUACCAAGGUUGCCAAGGUACGGUUGUUUGGUGAUUUCGGCAAGGGUGGAAAACUGCACGAUCGCGUUGGCGGAGGUGAAGUGGUAAAGGAUCCUUACUAUGGGGGCGUCAAUGGAUUCGAGGAGGUCUACCAACAAGUUGUGAGAUUUUCUAAAAAUUUCGUGGACCACUUGGAGCAAAACCCCAUUGAUUCUGAGUGA